AUGUCUUCAUUUAUGCCUGCAAUUUCAUCGGAAGAAGUCUAUCUUGCUCCUGAUGCGAUUAUUAAAGCCUUUAGUUUUACUUUUGUAGUUUAUGAAAAAGGAAAUACGUUAUCCUUCAUAUUUGCACUGUGUGCUCUUGUUCCGAUAUUUAUUGUGGUCGCCAUGGCUGUUUCGUUUUUUAUUAACAGGGAAUAUCAAUCGUUAUUUGUAAUACUAGGAAUUUUGGCCAAUGAAAUAGUGAAUGAUUUUUUGAAACAUCAAUUUGCACAGGAUCGACCACCAAAUUUAUUGGUAGCAAAAUUUAGGAAUGUGGAUCCAACUACUGCUACUGAGUUAGUGGAACAUUUUGGAAUGCCUUCUUCACACUCACAAUUUAUGUUUUUCUUUGCUUGUACAGUUUUGUGCUGGUUUAAAGUGAGGUCGCAACUGUGGAAGAAUGUGACAUUUUUGAGUUUAUUUGGAUUAGCAUCUAUAGUUGCUUAUUCACGAGUGGCAUUGCAUUACCACACAGUUUACCAAGUAUUGGCAGGAAGUUUUGUUGGUCUUGUGACUGGAAACUUGUGGAAAUUAUUCAUUAUCAACGUGUUGGAGCCAAAGGUUAUCCCUUUUCUGGAUUCGUUUAGCUUUUUGAGGGACUUUUUGUGCUUGCAUUCGAACGAAAAUAUUGAAUCAACAGUUGAAUUUCAAGCAUUAUCUGCACGGAGGCUUGACAAGAAAAAUAAAUAA